CUUCUCUGCUUUCCUCAAAACAAACAGGCAGGAACUUUGACCGGUGUUCCGAGCUAGUAACUAGCCUGCUAGCUUUUACUAGUUUUCUGUCUUUUUUUCAUAUUGUUGUGUGUUGUAGCACAUGUGGAGAGAUGUGGUUUAUUUAUUUACUCAGCUGGCUGUCGCUAGUCAUCCAAGUGUCCUUCGUUACGCUAGCAAUAGCUGCUGGCCUGUACUACUUGGCAGAACUAAUAGAAGAAUACACAGUAGCCACCAGUCGAAUAAUAAAGUACAUGAUAAUGUUCUCCACAGGGGUGCUGGCCUGUCUCUAUCUCUUUGAGAGCUUCCCAGUGCUGAUGGUGGGGGUCGGCCUCUUCACCAACCUGGUGUACUUUGGCCUCCUGCAGACUUUCCCUUACAUCGCGCUGAGCUCCCCAAACUUUAUCCUCUCCUGUGUGUUGGUGGUGGUGAACCAUUAUAUGGCCUUCCAGUUCUUUGCACAAGAGUAUUAUCCCUUCUCAGAGGUGCUGGCGUAUUUCACCAUCUGCUUGUGGGUGAUCCCCUUCGGCUUCUUCGUGUCCCUGUCAGCGGGGGAGAACGUGCUUCCGUCCACCAUGCAACAAGGAGAUGAUGUGGUGUCUAAUUACUUCACCAAGGGCAAGAGGGGGAAGAGGUCUGGGAUCCUCGUGGUGUUCUCGGUCCUGAAGGAGGCGGUGCUGCCCAGCAGACAGAAGAUGUACUAAGGGGCUCGGGGGGGCAGCCUCAGGGUCAAGAGGUGUAUGAGUGUGUGUGUGUGUGUGUCUGGAGGAUUAAGGGGAAGCAGGAAGGACUCUGGGAAUUUGUUUUCUGGAUGGGACUAAAAACGAAACAGUGGCCAUAUUGGGAAGAAAGAGGAAGGACCAAUGAACGGAUCGGAGCUUCCUGCUGGACGACUUUACACCGACCACGGUCGUCUCUUUGUUUCUCUCUUUGUCUGUCUGACUGCCAACAACAUCAACUAAAGACCCCUUUGUGGGGAUCGGUUCUGUAGCGCAGCACUUUGUUAUUCACAUGUUGGACAUUUUUUAAAUCUUUGGUAUUAAAAUAUGUUUGUGAAAAGGUCUGAAAUGUAACCUGUACGGUUUGACUUGGGAGAUAAAUAAUUUUGUGUUUUUUCCUGGAGACGAGAUGUUCUGUCUUUUAUGUGGUGUAGGUUUCACUCUAAGAUUAAACACAGAAGAGCAGAAUUAGGAGACGGCUAGAUAAAUCUCCUCAGAGGAAGCCACUUUAAGGUACUUUCUGGUUUAAUCCUGAUGUCAAAGCUUUCAUUUUGGUUUAAAGUGGCAUAACAGCUGCAGGAAAAAUGCCUCAAGUCCCUACUUUACCCGACUUCUUUAAAUAAGAAAGUGAAGUUAAGUUGUAAUUAAUCAGCUGGUGCUUUAAUUUAAUUACAGGAUGUGGCAUGAUGUAAACACCCUGUCGCUUCACAGUGAUGAAAAUGGCUUAAUAAGGGCAUUUGCAAAGGAUUACUUCUAUCAGCGAAAUGCCCUUAAAUGAAUGUGAUCUACAAUGAAUAUCUCCCAGUCUGGAUCAUUUACAUGUGUUGGAGAUUUUCUUUUUUUGUCUUCCAGAUCUACAGACUCAUUAAUCACCGGCUCUUUUUUG